AAAAAGGAAAUCACUGUCAAUACCUCUAUCUCUCUGACUCGUCUAUCGCCUCUAACUCCCUCAAUCCCUCUGCCAGUCCUCCGCCGUCGCCGGACGCUCUCACUCACUCUGUCUCCGGCCUCCCUCAGUCGCUCAGUCCCUAAUCUCCACCUCCAUCCCGCCGCCUCCGAACUCCGCCGUCUCACCCUCGCCUAUCACAUUCUAACCAUCGCGCCAUCGCGCGUUCUGCUCUGCUCUGCUCCCUCGCUUGCCGUCCAUCUGCGGCUUCACUUCGAAAGUCAGCUGAAUUCAAUGAAGGUUCUGCAAUUGGGCUUGAUGCUCGCUCUGAUCUGUGGAUUUGCAGCUAUUUCCAUCUACAUCACUGGAAUCUCUCAAUUCUCUGUAUGUAUGUAUGUAUCUCGCAGGUAUCAGCUUACAGAUGAAGACACGGAAGCAUUGCUUUCUCUGCAUGACACUUUCGAGAAGUGCGUGAGUGCAAAUGGACUUGGGUUGAAAGCAGCCAAGGGAAGUGAUUAUUGCCAAACCACUAUAACCUUUCCCCGUGACACUAUCCCUAAAUGGAAAGAUCCCAAGACUGGUGAACUUGAAGCUCUAUCGUUUGAUUUUAAUCUCUGUGAAGCUGUGGCUACUUGGGAACAGGUUCGGAACAGUACUACUAUAUUGACCAAGGAAUUUAUUGAUUCUUUACCAAAUGGAUGGGAAGAAUAUGCUUGGCGUAGGAUCAAUAAAGGAAUACUUCUUAACCGCUGCCAGAACAAGACCUUGUGCUUGGAGAAACUUUCACUUGUGCUUCCUGAAACACCACCAUACUUCCCAAGGCAGUUUGGGCGCUGUGCUGUUAUUGGUAAUUCGGGAGAUCUAUUGAAAACAAAAUUUGGGCAGGAGAUAGAUGGUUAUGAUGUUGUCAUAAGGGAAAAUGGUGCUCCAAUACAGAAUUACACUGAGUAUGUGGGUCGGAAAAGCACAUUUCGCCUUCUGAACCGAGGAUCUGCCAAAGCGUUGGAUAAAGUUGUUGAAUUAGAUGAACAAAGGAAAGAGGCUUUGAUAAUAAAAACAACGAUUCAUGACAUCAUGAACCAAAUGAUUCGGGUAUGUUCCCUUGUCAAAAGAAACCAUUUUUCUAAAAUUCUUUUCUCUUUUGGGUAUAAAAAUGUUAUUUUACAAUUGUUUGUAUCAUGCAUUCCAGCAGUUUCUCUUAUCUUUGAUUCUGUGGAUAUGUAUGGUUUCACUGUGGAUCCUGGGUAUAAAGAAUGGACAAGAUAUUUCUCCGAAUCUCGUCAAGGCCAUACCCCAUUGCACGGUAGAGCUUACUACCAAAUGAUGGAAUGCUUGGGACUUAUCAAAAUCCAUUCUCCCAUGCGAGCUGAUCCGAACCGUGUUGUAAAAUGGGUUCCAAGCAACCACAUGAUAAGGGAUGCCAGGAUUGCCUCAGAGAAGUUAUUGGGGAGAGUUGGAGCAGGAUCUGGAAAUCCAUUGAGUGCAUGUUCCAUUAUUAAGAGGCAAGUUAAAAGAAAUCCAGAUACAAUUUCAAAGCUCAGAAAGGCAGCACAGGAUCAUAUGAGGUAUGUGAAGAGCACAACCAUGUAUCCACUAGAGCAUAAUCCUGGACAUGGGUUACUAUGCACCGUGCCUUCUGCCAAGUGAUUGGAAUGUCGAAAGGUUUUUUGCGUUCGGCUCCUUCUGUUGGAAAUCAUCUAACCAGUGAUUUAUUAAUUAUCUGUUCAUUUCUGCAAAAUAUGUGUCAAGUACAUAGAAAAAUGGCAAUGAAGCUUCAUUCUCAUCAAUCUCUCAUAUUCAUUCCUCA